CUCUGGUCACUGGAAGAGUAAUUUCCUUAUUGUUUGGUAAGGUUCACAUUGCUCGAAGUAGAAAGCAUCAGUCCAUUUCGAUUCCAAUAUUUUAGUGCGAGCCACAGGGCUGAGCUGUCGUUGUGGGUUGCCGUGUAACCGCAGACGCCAGUGAAGAGAUCGAUGGAACAACCUAACCCGCUUUUGAUGGGCAGUGUCUUGAGCCAAUGGUGUCGCGCCUUUACAUCGCGCAUCUAAUCAGGGGCAAGAGGGAGCUGUCUUACCAACCCUGAAGACUAGAAGAUAGAGAACGGGUGGAAAGAUGCUCCAAGGAAAGGAAAGGAAACGUCACUUAUCAAUAAAAUAUAGUGGAAAGCAAGGGAUAUAAUUAAAUUUUAAAAAACGGGUUCGUCAAAUGGAUACUCAAGAAGUGGAUAUUGUCGCAAAAAGAAGCCGAGAAAACGCUGAGCAGCAUUUGCAUGGAAAAGACUGAAUCUGAUACGAGCUUGGGACAGGUUGGAAUAACGUUUGUGGAGCAUUGCAUUGCUUUCUAGUUGUAACGUUGGGUAGGUUAUAGCCAUGUCCUGUGAGGAAAAUUGUCUGCAUAACGGUGCAAUGUGUGGUUGAUUAGCGAGCCGGAUAUUUACCCGUGAUUUACAAAAUAAAAACACGCACAUAUAUCCGACAUCCAUUGAGUGUAGAAAUUUGUGAAGUAUUUGAAGAGAACUAUUCUGAAAGUGUGGAAAAUAGAGAAUUAGCCGUUGCUUUGGAAAGCAUAGACAGGAGGGGGACGUGCUUGGAAAUAAAAUAUAGCUAGCAUGUCAAAAUGAUCGCAGUGCGUGAACCACUGAUUGCCACUGUGUUUAUAGUGGUUCUCUUGAACUUCAGCUAGCGUAUAUGUGGUUACACGAAUACAUCUAGCUAGCUGCCGUAUGCAUUUUGAAGAUUUGUUUUGUUGGAAGCUAACAAUAGCUAGUAAUGUUGGGGUAUUUGCCGGUCGGGCUAGAUAGUUUGCUGGCGAAGUGAUCAGCUAAAAUAUAAUUUUCACGUGUUGCAAUAUAAAAUGAACAUGCACGUUUUCCUUUGUAACCAUAAAAAAGCACAAAGGGGACAGGACGUCUGAGUUUUCUGUGCCUAGAGUUAACGUUGCCUGAGCUAACCAACGUUAGCUAGGUAACGGUAAGCUUUCUCCUGCGCUCCAUGAGCUGAAUCGGCUAUCGGCAUGUAUUUUCUAGCUAGCUAGUUAGCUACCGAGAAAUAACUUGGUCGUCUAUUUGAAUUGUACUAGGGAAAGUAGUUUUAUAGGUUCGAAGCCAGUAUAUUGCUAGUCAAUAGCCAGUGUGUAGGCAACAAGCUGAUGGGCGACGUAGUUAAUGUUUUAUUUAUUUAUUAUUUAUGUUUGUUCUUACGAAUUCUUGUUUCAAAACCACCGAAUUUUGAUGGACAUCCGUAGAAUUGAAUCCGCUCGUUUUUUGGCGAAAAACACAACCAAGAACCCGGAAAAGGAAUAUCCUUGAAUUUGAUAUAAAUGUCAUGUAGAUACCGCUGGCUACAAGAUCCUAGCUGUCGUUAGCCAGCUUGCGAUUGCGCGUGGAUAGCUUAUAAAACAUACUCGCAAAUAAGAUUAACGGUUUUGAUAACGCAAGGCUGGCUAGAUAGCGAGGAUACCCGCAUGUUUUAGAAACAGGCUACACUAUUUUAAAAAUAUAUUUAUGUUUUUUUUAUGAGCUACCGACAAUAAGCCGCCCCUGGAGCAUUUGUUUAAAUCGUGGGAAAUGAAAGGAGGGACACACUGACUGAGGGAAACACCUGCAUAAACCUGAAUUCUUUCUGCUGCUUUGAGGUGACCACUGGGAUUAAUUUUGCAGUUGCAUUCAGAUAAAAUGUCAUGAUUUUUAUGCAAUGGAGAUGACCACGGAUUCGAAGGUGUUCCCCAGGACCCCACUGCGUCUUCGAUGCUGUUACGCGCUGCUUAUACUGGGAUCUAUGGUGCUAGUUUCUAUGACGACAGCAAGCCCCCCACAAACAGACGCGCGUCCUCUGGCUUCGGGCGAGCCUGAGGGGGCUGUCGCCACGGCGCUAAGGACAGAGGCUCCCAUUGGCUCGGCACGGGCUGGAGCUUCUGGGCGGGCGGGACUCCCCGCGCAAACAGAUCCCCCUUCUUCUUCUUCUUCUUCGCGUCCUCCGCAGCCUGGGUUCGUCGGAAACCGUGGCGACGGCGCCGGCGGUCCCGCGCUUGCCAAUCUGGGCCCCUCCGUCCCCUCCGCAGGCCCUCUCCCCACCCCUCCCCUGGGCUCCGCAGGUUCGGAGGGGGGGCCCGGGGGUUCUCCCGAAACCCCCUUGGGACGCACGUGGACCCCGCACCCGAACCCGAGUUCGCCCGCCCCCCGGGACGCCCCGUCGUCCGGUCCGGAUUCGGCGGCGGCCGCGGGACGCCCUCCCGACGCGCCCGCGGCUAAUUUCGGCACCCCUCCCUCGCGCACCGCCCGCUCGGCGGCCACGCCCCAUCCCCCGCUGACCCCCAGCGGCGGCCAGCGCGGCACGGUAACGUCAGCUCCACCCGGAGAAGGCGCCGGAACCGAGGAGAGCGCCGGCCACGCGUUCCCCGGGACAGCGGGAGGGCCCCUUCCCGGCGACGACCCCGCCCUCAGCGACGCCGCUCACGGCAUCCACCUGCUCCUGAACCCGCCCGAGGUGCCGGCCCCGAGCCCGGGGCCCUUCGCCGGGCCGCCGCCCCGCGCCACCGGCCGGCCCGCGCCCGGGCCCACCCUGGCCCCCGAGCCGGAGGAGCUCCGCCCGAGCCGCGCCUCGGCGGAGGACGACGACUGGGGCUCCGGCGACUACCUGGAGACCAUGUCCUUCCCGGGGGGCCCCGAGGGGGAGGAGUUCCCCCCGGCCACCAGCCUGCCCGCCGACGCCUACGACCAGGAGGACUGGAGCACCGAGGCUUACGACACCUCCUUCCCCACCCGGGCCGUCCCGCCCCUCUCCUCCAUGCGCGUCUCCGCCUCCCCCCCCGCCUUCACCGCGGCCUACGGCCGCCCCCCCCCUUCGGUCCCGCCCCGGGGCGGUCCGGACGAGGGCUCGGAGCCGGACUGGCCCGACGCCUACACGGCGGAGCCCACCGAGGUCCUCCUGCCGGACAUGAACAGCCUGGAGUACUACACCACGCUGCUGGCCAAGGAGAACGCCAGCGCCGCCCAGCGCAACCUCACGUCCCCCCGGCCCGCCCCGCCCCGGCCGCCGCCGUCGCCGUCGUCGUCCCCGCCGACCCCUCACAUCCGGCCCACCGGCUCCCUGGGGCUCGCCCCGCCGACCGCCUCGGCCAACGGCUCCGGUGGGGCGGCCGAGGAGGAGUCCGCCGGGGACGAGUCGGGCUCGGGGUCCCCCGCCAGGCCGGUCCCGAACGGGUCGGAGCCGGCGCUGGAGCCCUCGGUGGCGCCCGCGCCCUCCAUGACGCUCUCCGCCUCUCUCUGGGGAGGUCAGGUGUCCGCCGCGCCGACGCCGUCGCCCGGGGAGACCAGCAGCUCCGCCUCCUCCCAGCGGCCGGACGGCGGGUGGAUUAUCUCCCCCACCUCCGUCGAGACGGCCCUCCGCCCCACGGCGAGCGUCGCCACCCACGCCACGCCGGCGCUGGGGGCCUCCUCCCUGUCCCCCGCCGGCGCCAGCAGCCCUCCACCCCCCCCCGUCGACCAGGGCGCCGCCACGACGGGCGCCGACCGCCGCGGGACCACGGGCAAAAACGGCGAAUCGCCCUCCGCCUCGUCUCCCGGCAGAACCACCCCGCUGACGACCACCACCGGCGGGCCUUUAGUUGUGACCCCCAAGGCCCCCCUGUCCUCACCGCCUCGCCAGUACCUCUGCAACGUCACCAAACUCGAGACGUACUCGGUCAAAGUGGACCUUCCCCCGGGGUCCACCGUCGGCUUCGCCAAGGCGCUCAUCCGGGAGGUCCUGAAGGGGGAAUUCAACCGGUCCGUGGAGCUGCAGGUUCUGAAAUCUCCGUCGGACUUUGUCUUCCGCGCGGUGUCGGGUUCCGUGGUCUAUACGGCGAUCGCGGUCAUCAACGCCAUCCGCCAGUCCGCCCGGAUUUCCUCCGCUGGCCUGGCGGCCAUGCCUGUAGUCGCCGUGCCGGACUACAAGUUCCAGGUUCACUCAGUGCUGCAGUUCGUGCCCAGCCACGUGGACGUGCGCGUCUGCAGCUUCGGCGAGCGCGUGGAGAGGGGCCUGACCAUGGCCUACGCCGAAGUGCGCCGACGCUCCAACGAGUCCACCAACUUCAGCGUGCACAUCUUGAACGUCACGACGAGCGCGCCCAGGGCCCAGCGCCAGCAGAGGGCGCCGGUGGACAUCACCUUCGCCGUGCGGGACGGCGGCGGGGGCGGCGGCGGCGACUACCUGAGGGGCUCGGACGUGAGCGCCCACCUGCGGCUGCUCAACAUGGUGGAGUUCAGCUUCUACCUGGGCUUCCCCGUGCUGCAGAUCGCCGAGCCGUUCCACUACCCGGAGCUGAAUGUGACCCAGCUGCUGAGGUCGUCCUGGGUCAGGACAGUAUUGCUGGGCGUGCUGGACCAGCGGGUGAACGAGCGCACCUUCCAGGCCAAGAUGGAGCGGCGCCUGGCCCAGCUGCUGGGGGAGGUGCUGGGGCUGGCACGGCGCUGGAAGAGGGCCACCAGCGUGGGGAACAACAGUGUGCAGAUUGUGCGGACGUCCCGGCUGGAGGGCCCGGACUACCCCCUGGAGAUGGUGUACUUCGUGGAGGGUCCGGGCGGGGAGAGGGUCCCGGCCGUCGCCACCUCCGCCAUGCUCAACCAGCUGGACGUGCAGAGGGCCGCCAUCGUCCUGGGCUACCGCGUGCAGGGCGUGCUGGCGCAGCCCGUGGAGAAGCUGGCCGCCCCUCCCUCCGAGACCCAGAGCAACAACAUGUGGAUCAUCGUGGGCGUGGUCGUGCCCGUGCUGGUGGUGGUCGUCAUCAUCAUCAUCCUCUACUGGAAGAUGUGCCGCACGGACAAGCUGGAGUUCCAGCCGGACGCCAUGGCGACCGUUCAGCAGAGGCAGAAGCUCCAGGCCCCCAGUGUGAAAGGCUUUGACUUUGCCAAGCUGCACCUGGGCCAGCACAGCAAAGACGACAUCAUGGUGAUCCAGGAGCCCGCCCCCCUCCCGGCGCCCGUCAAGGAGGUGACGCCGUCGGAGAACGGGGACGUGCCCACCCCCAAAUCCAAGACCUCCUCCACCAAGGCGUCCCGGGCAGCACGCCGCAGAGGGAGGAUCUCCCCGUCGGACGGCGACUCCUUGGCGAGCGACCCUUCCAGCGGGAGGGAGUCGACCGAGGAGAACCUGAGAGCGCCCGCCCCGCCCGGCGAGGGGAAGCAGGCCCGCAAAAACGCCAAGAACGGACCCCCGCCGGCGAACGGGGCGGACGAGCAGCUCUCCUCCGCCUCCAUCUUCGAGCACGUGGACCGGAUGACGCGCUCGGGCGACGGCACGCGCCGCGCGGCCAACAAGAUCCAGCUGAUCGCCAUGCAGCCCAUGCCGGCGCCGCCGCAGCACAGCCCCGCCGUCACCGAGCGGGUGUCCGAGAGCGCCAAGAUCAACAAGGAGAUCCAGGUGGCGCUGCGGCACAAGUCGGAGAUCGAGCACCACCGCAACAAGAUCCGGCUGCGGGCCAAGCGCCGGGGCCACUACGACUUCCCCGCCAUGGACGACAUCAUGGACUCCUUCGGCGACCUCAAGGACCCCGAGCAGAUCUACCAGAAGGCCCAGAUGCAGAUCGACAAGAUCCUGGACCCGGACGCCCACGUGCCCUCCAUCUUCAUGGAGCCUCGCAAGAGCGCCAGGGGGAGGCGGUCCCCCAAGCAGAGGAAGAAGCCGCAGGUGAACGGCACGGCGGUGGAGGACAAGGACCGGCUCAUCACCACCGACAGCGACGGCACCUACAGGAAGUACCCCGGAGUCAACAACGUGGCCUACGUGGUGGGUGGGCCCGCGCAUGCGUCUAAAUACAGCCGGCGCAUGCGUCUAAAUACAGCCGGCGCAUGCGUCUAAAUACAGCCGGCGCAUGCGUCUAAAUACAGCCGGCGCAUGCGUCUAAAUACAGCCGGCGCAUGCGUCUAAAUACAGCCAGCGCAUGCGUCUA